AUGAGGAGAAAGUACCUGUUGUUCUCUGCAGAGGCCCCCAGCAGAGGGCCCGGGCUGUGGACACAUGGAGUAGGAGGAGGAAGAGAAGGAGCAGGAGGAGGAGGACCCUGGAGCAAUCGAGGAGGGGGGGAAUCCUGCUCCUCCUGCCCCUCACUGAUCCUCCUGCUCCUCCUGCCCCUCACUGAUCCUCCUGCUCCUUCUGCUCCUCCUGCUCCUCCUGCUCCUUCUGCUCCUCCUGCCCCUCACUGA